UCCCGUCAAGUUUGAACUUUUCCCCUCGAGAGUCAAAAAAGUAAGCAAAAAACACUCAAGUUUUUGGCAAUUGUUCAGUAUAAUUGUCGAUAUCUGCAAACCAAAAACAGAAAUUUUCCAAAUAAAGACAAUGUUAUCCAUUGCUCUAGUUUCCUUUCUCCUGUUACAUUUCACUGUGGCUCUCAAGCCAGACUCUUUCUUGCUAAGUUGUGGCGCACCAUCAGGCACCACAGAUGAAUCCGAUGGCCGUCAAUGGUAUACGGAUACCCACGAUCCAAGUCUCUUGCCUUCCAAUUUUUCAAGCAUAUCCUCAACAGCCACGGCUUUUGACACUUCAGUCACGAGAGUCCCUUAUAUGAGCGCCCGAAUUUUCCAAUCUCCCUUCACUUACACUCUCCCUGUUUCCCCUGGCACCAAAUUUCUCCGUCUCUAUUUUUAUCCCUCCUCCUACCUUGGCAUCACAAAAUCUCAAUCCUUUUUCUCUGUCACAGCAAAUCAUAUUACCCUCUUGAGUAACUUCAGCGCUUUCGAUGCAACUACCAAUUCUAGUAAAGCUAUUCGAAAAGAAUUUGUCGUUAAUGUUAAUGGGACAAAGACACUCAAGAUAACGUUUUCUCCUUCACCCAACUCUUACGCUUUUGUCAAUGGGAUUGAGAUACUUCCCAUACCCACCAAUCUUUAUUUUCGCGGAGGUGAUUAUGCGAUCAAAUGGGUGGGGCGGAGAAAUUUGUAUUACAUCGAUAACAAUACUGCUCUUGAAACUUUGUACAGGCUGAACGUGGGAGGUAAUUUGGUUGCUAGCACAGGGGAUACGGGGAUAUAUCGUGUAUGGGCUGCAGAUGACAAAUUUGUGGUGGGAUAUGACAAUCAAACUCCUCAGUUUGAUGUCAACGUUACUUACACUGAUCAAACCCCAACUUAUACUGCGCCAAACAUAGUUUACACAACCGCUAGGGAAUUGGCCAAUAACAGCCGGAGCCUGGAUUGGAAAUUCCCUCUAGAUUCUGGAUUCUAUUAUCUUUUCAGACUCCAUUUUUGUGAGAUUGAGCCGGAAAUUAGGCGAUUGAACUCCCGGGUUUUCAACAUAUACAUUGGAAACAGAACAGCAGAUGAAGCAGUUGAUGUAAUUGGACUGACUGGCGGCUGGGGAAUCCCAACGUACAGAGACUACGUGGUGUAUGUGAGAGACAAAGAUGUCCAACUAAGAAAGGAAAAUGUGUGGCUUGAAUUGCAACCUAACAUGGAAACAAGAGCUGUGUAUGAUAAUGUUAUCUUAAAUGCCUUGGAAAUUUUCAAAUUGAGCAAUCCAAAUGGAAAUCUGGCCGUUCCAUAUCCGGAAUUGCGCUUCGAAGGUCCAAUACCAAACAAGAAGAAGAAAAGAAUAUCAUGGCAUAUCAUUGUUGCUAUCAUCGCAGGUGUGACUAGCGCUAUUGCUGUUUUCUCAAUUCUGGGUUUCUUAAUUUCCCGUCGACGACAAAAUGGGGGAAAAGGUUCUGGAACAAGUGUUACCAAGUCAUCAUCACUACCAUCCGAUCUGUGCCGACACUUUUUAAUAGCAGAGAUAAAAAAUGCAACCGACAAUUUUGAUGAAAAAUUUGUGAUUGGAUAUGGAGGUUUUGGUAAUGUUUAUAAAGGGUACCUCGACAAUGGUACAAUCACAGUUGCAGUCAAGAGAUCAAAUCCUUCAUCAAAUCAAGGGGUUCGCGAGUUCCAAACAGAGAUUGAGAUGCUAUCAUCAAAGCUAAGGCAUCGACAUCUAGUGUCCUUAAUUGGUUAUUGUGAUGAUGAGAAUGAGUUGAUCUUGGUUUAUGAUUACAUGGCUAAUGGAACCCUCCGUGAUCACUUGUACAACACUGAGAAUACUCCCCUUCCAUGGAAGAAACGCCUUGACAUUUGUAUUGGUGCAGCUAAAGGAUUAUAUUACCUCCAUUCAGGUACCAAACAUACGAUCAUUCACCGUGAUGUCAAGUCAACUAACAUCCUAUUGGAUGAUAAAUGGGUUGCCAAGGUGUCUGAUUUUGGGUUGUCCAAAGUAGGUUCAGUAGGUGGGACAGAUACUACCCAUGUUAGCACUGCAGUGAAAGGAAGUUUUGGAUACGUAGAUCCUGAAUACUACAAGCGCCAACGAUUGACAGUAAAAUCAGAUGUGUAUUCUUUUGGGGUGGUUCUGUUUGAAGUGUUAUGUGGUAGGCCAGCAAUAAAUCCAAACUUGCCAAGUGGGCAAGUGAAUUUGGCUGAAUGGGCUUGUAGGAGUUGUGAAAAAAGAAAUGUUGAACAAAUAAUUGAUCCAAACUUGAAAGGACAAAUAGCCCCAGAAUGCUUAAGCAAGUUUGCAGAAUUGGCAUAUCAUUGUUUGAGGGAACAAGGGGUCGAAAGGCCAUCAAUGGGUGAUGUUGUGAGAAGUUUAGAAUUUGCAUUACAACUCCAAGAGGGUGCAGAUAAUGAGGUGGAUGGAUACGUAAACCCUUCUUUUCCAUUGAUUAUUAAUGGCGAUGCUAAUGUAAGGACGAAUGAAGAUGAGAUAAGCGAAGUUGAAAGAAAACUGACAAGCAAUGGUAUAUCCAUGUCGGUCAGUAGGAGUGCCAAAUUGAACAACGUUGCCAUUUUCUCUGAGAUUGUAAAUCCAUUGGGUCGAUGAAAUAUUGAAAUGUAUGAGGCUUUUCAGGUUUAAGGUCCAAUUCUUUGUAUCAUUUUUUUACAGGUCAAACUUGUAAAAGACAACUUACAGGAAUCCAUUAUAUUA